AUGUUCGGCCCAUGGCUUGUCAUGUUCGCAUGGCUGAAGCAGCGCCUCCCGUCCAGUCUCAAGGCCCUCAAACCACACGCCAACUUUAUCACCCUUCACUAUUCGUAUAUCAUUGGGUGGGCGCUCAUCGGAUCCGUCAUCAUAUACGGCAGUGGUCGCAUACCCUAUGUCGAUGCCCUCUUCUUUGCAAGCGGCGCAGCAACACAGAGUGGCUUGAACACAAUUGACAUAAACACACUGGAUCUAUAUCAACAGAUAGUCAUCUACUUUAUCGCCAGCUUAUGUACGCCCAUCUUCAUCCACAGCUCCGUCGUAGUCGUUCGCCUCUAUUGGUUCGAAAAGCGUUUCCAGAACAUCGUGCUCGAGAGAGGGAACCGGAGCGGUCGGACUCGCACACUUUCUAGGAGGAAGAGUGAGAUGAAUGCAGCAACAGAACGUAAUGUUGGACAAGAAGAGCAAGCGGUCGGCGCUCGUGAGAUUCGGGUCAUGCGUGGAUCCAGUGGCCACGCACACGGUGGAACAAUCGCGAACGAGUACGCCUUCAGUGACGGACUGGACUGGACUGGCAAUGGCAUACGCCCGAGAAGAUCUAGUUCCAGCGAAGACGAAAUGCCACCGUUCCGGCCGACGACUCCCGUUCAAACUGCUCCAUCUGGCAUUGUAUGGGCCGACAAUCUCAGCACACCUAAGGAAAAGAAGCCCAAGGAGUCGCUUGAAGAAUCCCCUGGCGGCCGCCUUCCACAGUCGAACAAAGAGAAGAGCAUCGCUUUCGUAGAAGCGCAGCGAAACCCGACAGCGAGGAACAAGCUUCGUAUACCAGGUCCACGCGACUUCGACCAGGGGCUCAUCCCAGAGGCUGUUAAAGGAGAAGAAGAAUUGGACAGAGUUGCGAGUAGACUAUCGCAUGAGUCUCAUCCCAAGCGAGAGCGUUCAAAUUCUGUUCCCCAUGCUCUGAACGGAGACGAUCGCCCCUUCAGGAAUCACAUCACCAUCGACGUACCGGACCGGCAGCAACGCCCUACCGGACAUUCCGUCUAUGACAGAACCAGGACCAAUGAGGGCGAUGCAAACGUGCCUGCAUCGAGCAUGCAUCUACGUAAUAGGUCACGAUCAAGAACAUUUACCAGCUUCCUUACCAGGGCCAAGACCGAAGAGGAGGACCCGAUGCCCUAUCUCAGCUGGACGCCCACCCUCGGACGCAACUCAAAUUUUGUUGAUUUGACUGAAGAACAAAGAGAAGAGCUCGGUGGUAUCGAAUAUCGUGCUCUGAAGCUGCUCGCCAUGAUCCUCAUCAUAUUCUACCUCGGGUGGCACACCAUCGGCAUUAUAUGUUUGGCGCCAUGGAUCAACAACGACGCUCACUAUAGUGGUGUCGUGAGAGAUUUUGGCGUUGACCCAACUUGGUGGAGCUUUUUUACUUCAGCCUCCCUGUUCAACGAUCUGGGAUUCACUCUCACUCCAGACUCGAUGGUCUCUUUCCAGCUAGCUGUGUGGCCCCUUGUGCUGGGUACCUUCCUGAUCAUCAUCGGAAAUACCGGGUUUCCUUGUAUGCUUCGGUUCACCAUCUGGAUGUACUCCCUGAUGGUACCCAAGAGCAGCGCCAUCUGGGAAGAGCUUCGUUUCCUGUUGGAUCACCCGCGUCGGUGCUUUACUCUACUAUUCCCAAGCAAGGCAAACUGGUGGCUGUUCUGGAUCCUUGUCGUCCUGAAUGGUGUCGAUCUCAUCUUCUUCAUCAUUCUCGAUCUCAACGACCCGACCGUGACCUCGCUAUCCGGUGGUCACCGCUUCCUCGCUGGUCUCUUCCAAGCUGCCUCAACGCGUACUGCAGGUUUCGCCGUUGUCAACAUCGCCGAUCUGCACCCUGCGGUCCAAGUCAGCUACCUCAUCAUGAUGUACAUUUCGAUCUUCCCCAUCGCCAUGUCUAUCCGCCAGUCGAAUGUCUACGAGGAGAAGUCACUGGGUGUCUGGGCCGCAGACGAUGAAGACGACACUCAAUCUAGCUACCUCUCGCAUCAUCUGCGUCGCCAACUCUCAUUCGACUUGUGGUUCGUCUUCUUGGGUUUCUUCCUCAUCGCCAUCAUCGAAGGCGUGCGGCUCGAGAAUACGAACGAAUACGCGUUCAGCCUGUUCUCCGUCCUUUUCGAGAUUGUCUCUGCGUACGGUACGGUCGGACUGAGUCAGGGAUUCCCCGGAUUCAACACGUCCUUCUCCGGCCAGUUCAAGACAUUGAGCAAACUCAUCAUCAUCGCCAUGCAGAUCCGUGGAAGACAUCGUGGUCUUCCAUAUGCUCUCGAUCGUGCCAUCUUGCUUCCAUCGGAAACUCUACACCAGAAAGAGAACGAAGAUGCGACGAGACGUGCACGACGUGGUAGCAACGCUAUGGAUCUCGGUGUCAGUAUGAGUAUGGAUGGCAUUACGAGGACUGGCACGGGACUCAGUCGCAAGAGCACGGCGAGUGGCGAGAGAGUGCCACAAAGUAAACCUAAGCAACUCAAGCGCAUUAUCAGCGGCGCUUUCAGUGCGGGUCCGACGGGCCAAUUUAGGGAAAAGAGGACAUGA